UCGGGCUGAAUGGAGUCUUUUACUCAUUUGAAUACCUAUUUACACUAAAUAGGAAAUAAUUUUUACCUGCAGUGUGGGUCCUCCUACCUUGGAGAGGAACGGAUAUAGUAUCUUCCUACUUUCUCUUAGAAAAGGAAAACGGAAUACCCAACCAGGUUUCUGGGAAAGCCAAUUUGACACAGUAGAAAUUUUUUUUUGUGAACUCAACUCAAAGCGGAUGGGGCACUUGAUACCAUGAAUGUUAACAACUUCAAAUCUGGUGUUGGAAACGUUUUCAUUAAGAAUCUGGAUAAGAGUAUCGAUAACAAAGCUCUGUACCGUACAUUUUCUGCUUUUGGAAACAUCAUUUUUUGUAAGAGCGCCGCCAGCCAACACCGCUCCAAAGUUUAUGGCUUCAAAGGUUAUGGCUUUGUUCAUUUUGAAACUGAAGAAGCGGCUAAACAGGCUAUUGAGAAAGUCAAUGGUAUGGUGUUAAAGGGCAAGAAAGUAUAUGUUGGAAAAUUCAUACCCCAGCCUAAGCGUUUAGCAAUGAUUGAUGACAGAGCUAAAAAAUACAAUAAUGUGUACAUCAAAAACUUUGGUGUGGAGUAUAAUGAUGACAAGCUGAAAGUAGAGAUGGAAAAAUUCGGAAAGGUCAUCAGUGCAAAGGUGAUGACAGAUAACCAGAAUCUAUCAAGAGGCUUCGGUUUUGUCAGUUUUGAAGAUCCAGAAACUGCUGAAAAGUGUGUAGACAAUAUUAUGGGAACAGAGCUCAAUGGCAAAACAUUGUAUGCUGGUCGAGCUCAAAAACGUGCUGAAAGGCAGGCUGAGCUCAAGGAGAAAUUUGAGCGAUUGAAGAUGGAGCGAAUUAAUCGUUAUCAAGGAGUGAACUUGUAUGUUAAAAAUCUGGAUGACUGUAUCGAUGACGAACGACUGAGAAAAGAAUUCUCACAAUUCGGUACCGUCACUAGUGCCAAGGUGAUGGGAGAUGGAACCAGAUCAAAAGGAUUUGGAUUUGGAUUUGUCUGCUUCAGUUCACCAGAAGAAGCAACUAAAGCUGUCACUGAAAUGAACGGUAGAAUUAUUGUUGCCAAACCUCUGUAUGUCACACUUGCUCAACGCAAAGAGGAUCGAAGAGCUCAUCUAGCUUCCCAAUACAUGCAACGUAUUACUACCAUGAGACAACAGCAAAAUGCUCAGUACAGUCAGAUGUUCAAACCAAGUGGAGCCGGUUAUUUUGUUCCCCAACUGCCUCAGGCUACUCGUGGAUUCUUCACACCAACUCAGAUGCCACAAGUUCAAGCUAGUCCAAGAUGGCAGGCUCAAGUCAGAGAACCUGUACCAGGAGGAGCAAGCUUCCAAGCUGUUCAAAGCAAUCAACUUCGAACAGAGCUCAAUGGCAAAACAUUGUAUGCUGGUCGAGCUCAAAAACGUGCUGAAAGUCAGGCUGAGCUCGAGGAGAAAUUUGAGCGAUUGAAGAUGAAGCGAAUUAAUCGUUAUCAAGGAGUGAACUUGUAUGUUAAAAAUCUGGAUGACUGUAUCGAUGACGAACGACUGAGAAAAGAAUUCUCACAAUUCGGUACCAUCACUAGUGCCAAGGUGAUGGGAGAUGGAACCAGUUUAAAAGGAGUUGGAUUUGUCUGCUUCAGUUCACCAGAAGAAGCAACUAAAGCUGUCACUGAAAUGAACGGUAGAAUUAUUGUUGCCAAACCUCUGUAUGUCGCACUUGCUCAACGCAAAGAGGAUCGAAGAGCUCAUCUAGCUUCCCAAUACAUGCAACGUAUUACUACCACGAGACAACAGCAAAAUGCUCAGUACAGUCAGAUGUUCCAACCAAGUGGAGCCGGUUAUUUUGUUCCCCAACUGCCUCAGGCUACUCGUGGAUUCUUCACACCAACUCAGAUGCCACAAGUUCAAGCUAGUCCAAGAUGGCAGGCUCAAGUCAGACAACCUGCACCAGGAGGAGCAAGCUUCCAAGCUGUUCAAAGCAAUCAACUUCGACCAGCUCGCUUCCAGGGUAGUGGACAACAGGGUGUAAGAGCUAACAUGAACGCUCGACCUAUAACUGGACAAGCUGGUGGUCAGCCAGGUGGACAGAGAAUGAUGGGUCCAGGUAUGCCACGAGGACCCCCAGGGGCUGCCGGUAUGGCUGCACCCCAGAGAGGUGCCUUCAAAUUCAACAAUCAAAUCAGAAAUCCUCAAAUGGGUCAACAGGUCAUGUCACAGCCUGCUGCUUCAGUGGUAAUUGCUGGUCAGGAACCAUUGACCGCCAACAUGUUGGCUGCUGCUCCACCACAAGACCAGAAACAGAUGUUGGGAGAAAGAUUAUUCCCUCUGAUCAAUCGUAUGCACCCAGAUCUAGCUGGUAAAAUCACUGGAAUGUUGCUGGAAAUUGACAACUCAGAAUUGUUGCACAUGUUGGAAUCCCAGGAAUCUCUCAAGGGCAAGGUUGAAGAAGCUGUGGCUGGACUCGUGGCUCAUCAAGCCAAAGAGAGUGCUACAAAGAAAGGCCCUGAGUAAUCUCCCUUGGAAAGGAUUUAGCAUUGGAUCAGUUGUCACCAGAUUCACAGAAUUUCUUAAAGAGUUUUAAAAGAAACUCCGUUUCACCAACAUACCCAAAAAAAAUUAAAAAUAAUUCUGAAAAAAAAAAAUAGUUUCACCUGGUUUACAAAUCUAAAAAAUUAACAAAAUUUGUUACUUUAGAUGUUUGGUACUUGAAGUUAUUUAGAAAAAAAAAACAGUAAAAUUUUGGAUUAUCAAUAAAAAAAAAUAUUUACCAAAGUAACGUAGAUUUUCUGAAAUUGAAAUUAAAUUGAAAGUGGACUUUGACAAGCAAAGGAAUAUUUAAUAUUGUCAAAACUUCUAGUCAAGUAAUUGACUUUUCAAAGCGUUCAGUUUGUGUUGGGCAAGUCAAAGUGUCAGCCUUAAUUUCAUUUUAGUUUCCGAAAAUUAAUUUUGGGAUGAAGAUCAAAAUUUAAGAACUAUUUAACAAAAAAAAGAUGGGACAAAUCUACAAAACCAAUCUUUUCAUGGAAAGAUAAAAAAUACAAAUGAUUAAAAAAAACUGCAAAAUAAUUUUUCAAUUUGUAGAUACUUGUUUAUUUACAUUCACUUAAAAAAAAAAAAACGCAAAACAAAUUGCCAGUUUGUAGGAUAUUUUUUUUCUUUAGUUUAUUAAUGGAGAAAUGGUUUACUAUUGAGGAUUAUUUUCUUUUAACUUUUAUUUUCUUUGUACAUUUUUGAAAUUCUUUGGUUAAAAAAACACUGUACAUCCAAUAAAAGAAGCUGUUCAGAUUUUUUUGUUUCCUUUUCAAAGGAUUGUAAAAAUGUUAUAUUUUAGUUAAUGAUUUCAUGUUAAGAGAUCUUGUGAUAGAAAUUUUAGGAUGAAAAUGCAUUUUAACAAUCGAGUGGCAAAUUAAGGAAUUCCAUCUGGAAAAAAAUAAUUGAUUCAAAUUUGAUCCCCAAAAUGGGUGUGGUUGUGAUCAACAGAUCCCCAAAAUGGGUGUGGUUGUGAUCAACAGCAUCUUAUGAGAAUGCACACCGGAGAUUAAAACUUUUAAAUGUGAAUGUUUGUAGUCUACAGGGACACAUGAGAAUUCAUACUGGAUAAAAACUCUAUAAAUGUGUUAUCAGACAUUUAGUCUUGAUUUGAACUUAAUGGUCAAGGGGGUGUCUCAGAUGUUUUUUUAGUAAAUUGUUUUCCUAGAGAAAUCAGUCUAUGAAAGAAAACAGGGAAUUGGGGACGGAUAAGUUUCUAUGAAUUAUUUUUAUCACAAGGUCUCUUCGAAUUCAAAUCUGUUUCCAUAUUAUGUGGAAAGUUUCAUAUUUCUAGUUCCUUUCAACCAGUCUUUAAUUUCUCUACAAUAAAACUAUCAUUCUGGAUUAAAUA